UUAUUUCUCCCCUCCCAACUUUUUUCUCUCCACUCUCUUCUCCCCACUCCUCUCCCAUUUGAAUCAUACGGACCCCUCUCCCUCCUCUCUUUCUUCUUUCAUUUUCUUCUUCUUCAACAUCUUGUUCUUUCUUUCUUCCUUUCUCCUUCUUUCCUUCUCUUUUUUAGGUUUUAUUCACCCUAAUCAUCUUCAUUAUCAUCAUCAUCAUCUUCUUCUUUUUCUUUCCUUCUCACUUUUUACGUUUUAUCCACACCGACACUGGUUUGCUAUAGUGUCUGUGUACACAGACGAAAAUUGUAUAUAUACAAACACUUUUUUUUAUACAAGACAACUAACAUCUGUGUACACCGACGCUUGUUUUCCAACUAAUUUUUUCACACUGACACUUUUUUGUCUACACAGACAACUAACGUCUGUGUACACCGACACUUGUUUUCCAACUAAUUUUUUCACACCGACAUUUUUUUGUCUACACAGACAACUAACGUCUGUGUACACCGACACUUGUUUUCCAACUACUUUUUUCACACCGACAUUUUUUUGUCUACAUAGACAACUAACGUCUGUGUACACCGACACUUAUUUUCCAGUUAACUUUUCACACCGCCACUUUUUUGUUUACACAGACAACUAAUGUCUGUGUACACCGACAUUAGUUUCCGUGCAACCAGCCUGACAGAUCUAGAAACUAAUUUUACUCACACCGACACUUUAAAUGAAAGUGUCUGUAUUUAUAUGUUUUUUGUCUGUGAAGGGCAAAUAAAUGGGUAUACCCCAGGGUGUAAACUAUUGUUUUUUUUGAAGACACAAGAAAUGACUUCUUAAGUCAAACAACAACCGAGUGUCUCCAGUCCCAGGCACCUCUCAUUUAGUAAUUUCUCAUUGAAUGCAAAGAGGGAAGCAUUUGUUCAAAACCUUCCGGCAAACUUCUCGGCCUCUCUCCACGGCACAUCAGGUUCUCUCCCCUCUCCUCCCCUGUACAAUUUUGACGAUCAAUGUUCCUAUAUACGCUUCUUUUUAUGUGUACAGAUGGGCGAGCGUUACAGCUUCAAUCCGAGCUUACAUUGGAACCCCGAGGUGGAAGACUACUUCACCAAAGCUUAUGGAGCUCAACACUUUGCUCGCAUCUCCACUUCCCUCGCGCGGCCUUCAUCUUACUCAUGUAUUCGUGUUAAUACGCUCAAGUCCACAAGUGAUAAUGUUAUUGUGAAACUUCUGAAAAUUUUAAGGGAAAGAGGGCAAGAAGGUGAUACUAUUCAUUCAAGUAAUACGGAUUCAGGAAACUUCCCUGAGGCAAUAGUGGAAUCCAAAGGAAGUAGUAAAAGGACGAGUCUUGAUACAGAAAGUAUCUCAAAAUGUCCAUUUCCUGGGCUAGAUUAUGUGAUUUUCAUUAAAGGCUCAGGACCACAUGCUAUUGAAUAUGAACAAGAAAAAGGUAAACCGUUGAAAGAGGUGAUUGUGAGCCGAAAAUGUGCAGAGGCUGUUCUCCGCGGUGCCCAAGUAUUUGUGCCCGGUGUUUUGGCCUGCAGUGCUCAUGUUGAGAAAGGUGAUGUGGUUUCAGUUUCAGUUGCCGUGGAACAGCCUGAUUCUGAAGGCGGAUGGGGUAUUGGUAUGACACGUGGGACUGUCCUCCAAGGAUCCCAAACUGAUCCUCUUUAUUGUGAAAGAAGUGGUCUAUAUAUUGGUCAAGGAACCACAAUGUUGUCACGAGCCGGGAUCUUUCGUGUACCAAGAGGAGUUGCAGUUCAUAUGCAUAAUAGGGUGUAUGAACUAUCAUCCUUUAAUGAUUUGCUUGAGGGUGAAAUCUUUCUUCAAAAUUUGCCAAGCAUUGUAGCUGCACAUGCCUUGGAUCCUCAACCAGGAGAGAGGAUAUUGGACAUGUGUGCUGCUCCUGGUGGAAAAACCACUGCAAUUGCAAUUCUUAUGAAGGACCAAGGGGAGAUAAUUGCUGCUGAUAGGUCUCACAACAAGGUGCUCCUUCUGAACUUGGCAGGUGCUUGAUAUUAAAAAGUUGGUUGCUGAGAUGGGUUUGAAUUGUAUAUCUACAUGUAAACUUGAUGCACUGAAAGCUUGUCGUCGAACACGUGAAGAUGAAUGUUUGCCUAUUCUUCAUGUCAAUAAUGAAAUUCAGAGUACUCCAUCAGAUACAUUACUGUCAAGGAUGUGCGAAAUCCAACCCAUUGAGACGGAUGGUUUGGAUGCUGCAUUACCAUCUCAGAUCACAUCUGAACCCGUGCAUCAGGGAAGCAAUAAUUACACAAGCAAAGCCGAAUUACGGAAGAGUAUUAGGAAAAUGAGAAAUGGGCCUGGAAGGAAUAACUGUGCUGGUGGUAGGGUUGAAAAGUCCAAAGGAUUUGCUCCAAAUAGCUUUGACCGUGUUCUCCUUGAUGCUCCUUGUUCUGCUCUAGGUUUGAGACCUCGACUCUUUACCGGGGAGGAAACCAUUGAAUCAUUAAGGAAGCAUGCCAAGUAUCAGAAAAGAAUGUUUGAUCAGGCUGUUCAGCUUGUUCGACCUGGUGGAGUUCUGGUGUAUUCUACAUGUACCAUAAACCCUGGGGAGAAUGAAGCAGUGGUUCGAUAUGCAUUGGAUACAUAUAAGUUUCUCUCACUGGCAGAGCAGCAUCCAAGAGUUGGAGGACCUGGCCUUACUGGCUGUUGCCAGUUCUCUGAUGGAUUUAUCGAGGAGUGGUUGAAGCCUGGUGAGGAUGAUUUUGUUCAGAGAUUCGAUCCAUCUUCUCAUCUUGACACGAUAGGGUUUUUCAUAGCCAAGUUCAAUGUCGGGCCAAAAGUUGCCUGAUUUGGAAAUGCAGACUCAGCUCUUGCUUCACAUUCUGCCUAUGCAAUCCCAGCAAAAUGAGACAAUGCAUUCUGUGAAGAGUAAAGUAUUGCUCUUUAGCCAUGAAUAUACUUCAAUUUAUCACAUCAUAGCCUUGAAGACCAAGUCUAUUCCAUCUGGUAACCUGCUAUGAAUUUUGUACCAUUGAAGUACAAGGAAGAUUUUGAGAAUGUAUGUUUAAGCGAGGCAGCACUGCAGCCAUUCAUUUAGUUGUAAGACAGAGUACAUUUCAAUUCUGAACCUAAUCUAAACGCAACACUUAAUACAUACAAAACUUCCCUUUUGUUUGUAUUUAUGGAUAGAUUUUUUAGCUUUAUGCUUACAGUGAGAGUUUAUAUCUAUUGUUAGUUUGAUGGAGCA